CUGAUAAAAUUUAAUAAUGCGAGUUACCGGCAUCAGACUUGCCCUUAUCUUUUAUUUUUUCAGUACUGAAACUGUAUUAUCUGAUAAGGCCCGCAAUGUUCUUUUACUAUUAGCGGACGAUGGCGGUUUUGAGAUAGGCGCGUAUCGCAACAAAAUAUGCCAAACGCCGAAUAUAGAUGAAUUAGCGCGAAACGGCCUGUUGUUCAACAAUGCAUUCACAUCAGUGAGCAGUUGCUCCCCAAGUCGGGCAGCACUCCUGACUGGGUCGCCGAGUCACCAGAACGGAAUGUACGGGCUGCACCACGGCGUCCACCACUUCAACUCCUUCGACAACGUGACCAGUCUGCCGAACUUACUGCGCGAGAACGGAAUUAUGACGGGUAUAAUUGGUAAAAAGCACGUUGGGCCUUCGAGCGUGUAUCAGUUUGAUUAUGAGCAGACGGAGGAAAACAACCACAUUAAUCAGGUCGGUCGCAACAUCACCCACAUGAAGCUGCUCGCCCGGGAGUUCAUCGCGAGUGCAAACAAGGAAAACAAGCCCUUCUUCUUGUACGUGGCCUUCCAUGACCCGCACCGCUGCGGACACAGCGACCCGCAGUACGGGCCCUUCUGCGAGAGGUUCGGCUCCGGCGAAGAAGGAAUGGGCACCAUUCCAGACUGGCAGCCAUGGUACUAUCAGUGGGACGAGAUUCAACUACCUUACUUCAUACAGGACACUGAGGCGGCCAGGAGGGACAUUGCCGCCCAGUACACAACGAUGUCGCGACUCGACCAAGGGGUCGCCCUUAUUCUGAAAGAACUGGAAAGCGCAGGGCACGCUGACGAUACGUUAGUCAUCUACACUUCAGACAACGGCAUACCAUUUCCAUCGGGGAGAACUAAUUUUUACGAUCCGGGAUUACGGGAGCCCCUCAUCAUACGCUCACCUUCAUCUUCAGCCAGAAAAAAUGAGGCUUCAGGCGCCAUGGUCAGCUUACUGGACAUAAUGCCAACCGUGCUAGACUGGUUUGGAAUUGAGAAAGAGAUGACAAAUGACAUUUGGGAUGGAGAUACACCAAAGAGUCUCUUACCUAUACUGGAGAAAGAGCCGCCGCCCUCGGACUCGGACGCGGUGUUCGCCUCCCAGACGCACCACGAGAUCACGAUGUACUACCCGAUGCGCGCCGUGCGCACGCGCCGCUACAAGCUGCUGCACAACCUCAACUACGGGAUGCCGUUCCCGAUCGACCAAGAUCUAUACGUCUCGCCCACAUUCCAGGACCUAUUAAACAGAACGCGCAGCAAGCAGCCUCUACCUUGGUACAAGACGCUGAAGCAAUAUUACUACCGGCCGCAGUGGGAGCUCUACGACCUUCGUAAGGAUCCGGCAGAAACCAAUAACUUACAUGGUAAACCAUCCCUGGAGGAGGUGGAGUCGAAUCUCCGAGAACGAUUGUCGCGAUGGCAGCGCUCCACCCGCGACCCGUGGCUGUGUUCGCCCGACGCCGUCAUGGAACGCGACUCGGACAACGCCGUGUGCCGCAGUCUAGACAACGGACUCCUAAACUAUCAUACACUAUAGCUUUCAUUGCAUUGAAAUAUCUAUUGAGGAAUUUAAAUACCGUUAGGUUCAUGUGAAACUGUAGAUAGAUAUUUUAAAUCUUUUUAAUGUUAAAGAACAAAUAUAAAUCUAAGAAAUAUAUUUUUUACAAUAACGUUUAACUUUACUGCUACUUUUAAGAACAACUGUAAAAUUUUCAUAGCUUCACAAAUAAAAGUAA